CUUCCCUUUCACUCCCUAAUUUGCUAACAUGGAGCCUGCAUCUCUUGCCGCCCUUGGGCUGCUUGGUACUAUGUACCUUGACUCCCGCUAUCGUGUAGCAAAAGAUAUUAAUACUAUAUGGACUUUGCUGAAGGUAUUAACCAGAGUACGCAAGUUGGAGCGAGAGGACAGGAUGCACAUCUACUACCGGUUCAAGGAGCGGGCCAAAGAAGAGCCCGAUCGUGUAUUCCUUAUUUCUGAAAAUCAGAAGUACACAUUCGGGCAGCUAGAGCGAGCAUCCAAUCGCCUGGCACAUUGGUUAUUGUCACAAAACGUCAAGCCAAAAGAUGUCGUAUGCAUGAUGUACCCGAAUCACCCGGCGUUUGUAGUGUCGUUUUUCGCGAUUAGCAAGAUCGGUGCGAUUCCGUCGCUCAUCAACACAAGUUUGGCUGACUCAGCGCUAUUGCACUGCAUAAAAAUAGCCAAAACCAAUUUAUUCUUGUUUGACCCAGAGUAUGCAAGCCAAGUAGCUACCAUAGAGGCAGAUGCAAAAGCACUAGGGGUAGCAUUGUAUGCUUAUGGCGAAGGUAACACAGAUGACUUUCCGAUGUUGACGCCUGAAUUGCUCGAGACCUUCAGCAGCGAAGACACGGACGAAGCAUGCCUCCGUAAUGUCAAGCCUUCAGACGCUGCUAUGUUGAUUUACACCAGUGGCACAACUGGCAUGCCGAAAGCGGCAGUGAGUCCUCAUUACCGUGUGAGCUUAACUUUGAUGUCAUGUGCUGCUGGUGCGAAGAUGCAGCGCAACGAUAUAACCUAUACCGUUCUACCAAUGUACCAUAGUUCAGGGUUACUCGUUUCGUUCGGAUCAACACUUGUUAGCGGCGGAACAGUGGUUUUGGCAAAGAAGUUCUCUGCUAGUCGCUUUUGGGACGAUUGCUGUCAUUACAAUAUUACCGUCUUUCACUACAUUGGUGAACUGUGUCGCUAUCUACUGAACCAGAAGCCACAUCCCUUGGAGCGCAAGCAUAACGUUCGCCUGGCUUUCGGCAAUGGUAUGCGCCGUGACGUAUGGAUGCAAGUACGAAAACGGUUCAAUAUACCGGAUAUUUUGGAGUUUUAUGGCUCUACAGAAGGCGUAGGAGGUUUCUUCAACUACAAUAGAGGCGAUCUCGGUGCUGGAGCGAUCGGCCAUAGUGGUCUUCUAAUCCGCCUUCUUAAACGUGAUGUCAAGCUAAUCCGAAUCGAUCCUAUCACCGAAGAACCUUUGCGAGGAAAGAAUGGAUUCUGUCAAGUGUGCGACUAUGGAGAGGCUGGUGAAAUGAUUCAAAGGCUGGAUCCAAACGCAGAAUUACCGUUCACUGGAUAUUAUGACAACAAAACCGCGACCGACAAAAAAGUUCUCCGCAACGUUUUCAAGAAGGGAGAUAUGUAUUUCCGGAGUGGCGAUUUGAUUACCUUGGACCGCGAUGGGUUCUGGAACUUUAAUGACAGGCUUGGCGAUACUUUUAGAUGGCAUUCUGAAAACGUAUCCACGACUGAGGUAGCGCAAACAGCUUCGGAAUACCCGGGCAUUGCUGAGGCAAAUGUUUACGGUGCGCUGGUGCCAAAUCACGAAGGACGCGCUGGUAUGGUGGCUAUCGUCCUUAAGCCGAAUGUUACCUUGGAUAUGGCCGGUUUUUAUAGUUACUUAUCCAAGCGACUGCCACGCUAUGCUAUACCUGUAUUCUUGCGCCUCGUACCGACUCUGAGUAUGACCCAGACGUUCAAGCAGCAAAAAGUCGAACUGCGGAACCAAGGCAUGGACCCUGAGAAAGUCAAGGAGGAUAUUUACUGGGCGCAGAACAAUACGUACGUUCCCUUUGAGAGAGAGGAUUACGGCCGUAUAACUCGUGGAAAUGUCAAGUUGUAGUGAAAUAUGAACAGCUUUGUACCUCAACCAAUAAAGUUAAAC